AUGCCAAAUUUGGCAAGUAAGCGGGAAAAUCAAAUAUUUAAAUAUUAAAAAGCAUAAGCGCAAGCUAAACUUUUUUUUGUACUAUUGGUGCUACAAAGAAUUCAUAUAAAAGUUUUGAGCUGAUUCUGGGCGGAGCAGGUUAGAUAUUUUCUCUGUCAGUUUAACCUACAACAAUAUUCUACCUACUACAAUAUGACGUUCCUACAAAAUUCAAAAACUGCAGUUUAAACCCACAAAAACGUAACUCAAAUCCAAGACUUUCCAUCCCAAAACACAACCAAAUAUGACAGUUUUGUAUUCGAAAUACGAAAAUGUUUUCGGGCGAAAACAAGUCAUGAAUAUUGUAUGUAUUAUAAUAUGAAUACAGAAAAACAAAUGUUUGGCAGCGAGGAAAGAACACGUUAUUGAUGGACAAUUCAUAUACAAAGCAUAAAAAUCUCAAAAAAUAAUUUUUUUAAUUUUUACCACACGUUCUUUUAUUAUAGUUUAAAAUAACCUGCCGGAUACUUCACAUAAACAAAUAUACACCUAGCGUUAUAUAUAAUACCUAAAUAAAAGAAACAUAAAAAUCAAAGAAGCAGCCCAAUUUAUAUGUAAAUGCUACCAAGUUACUCAAUGUUAUAGCUAAAAGUACAGGAUGUAGAACGAUUUAUGUCGCACAUAAGGAUGUGCUGUUUGAAACUUAACGCCUUAUGUAAAGGAUGUAUUUUAGAAGCAGAAAAGUUAAUGUAGCAUGUACUUUUAGAUUAGUACAUGCAAUAAAAGGUUAAGUUUUAAACCAUAAUUUAGAGAUAGAGUUAGAACUAGGGCUAGAACAAACGCUAAAGCCAGUGUUGCAACGAGAGUCAGGGCUUAAGCAAAAAUAAUACUUGGUAGCUACAGACUUUAAAGAGCUAGAGCUAGAGCUAAGGCUAGAGCUAGAGCUAGAGCUAGAACUAGAACUAGAACUAGAACUAGAACUAGAGCUAGAGCUAGAGCUAGAGCUAGAGCUAGAGCUAGAGCUAGAGCUAGAGCUAGAGCUAGAGCUAGAGCCAGAGCUAGAGCUAGAGCCAGAGCUAGAGCUAAGGCUAGAGUUAGAGCCAGAGCUAGAGCUAGAGCCAGAGCCAGAGCUAGAGCUAAGGCUAGAGUUAGAGCUAGAUACUUGA